AAUCAAUUUGUUGCUUGCUGCGAAAUCCGCUUGAUGAUCUCGAUAUCACUUGCGGACGUUGGGAACAUGUUGAUGUGCAGACAUGAACCGGAGAUCGACUCGACCUGCCGAUGUCUCAUGGCCCCUGCAUUCUUCAGGACGAUUGAGCUUCAGCUUCCGUGCUUCCACUCACAGGGUUCAGUACUGUCAGAGCAAGGUCUCGACCACGCGUGACAACCCACGCGCAAUGCCGCUACCAAGCACGAGCGCAACACGGAAUGACUAAUUCGAUGCAUGCGAAAUGAGCUUAGGCUGCUCGAGACCCGAUCCAUCAACACAAGAGCUGGUCUCCGUCUUACCAAAAGUGGCAAAGCUUUAACUUCUUUUCAAGCUGAUCACGACAACACUUGCAUUAGGUUCUGUGUCUCUACUGAUACCACCUUCAAUCGCCACACGCUUCGUGGAACUUGAACAAAAUGUCCUUCAACUUCCGUUGGCCAGAAUUCUCGGAGGGAUUCCAUAACGAUGCGAAAACGAUGCUCGAUAGUGCGCUCAACAAAGGUGCGAAGCCCAAGGUCAUCGCUGAUGACAUCAAGGUUGAGGAGUUAGGUAUGGGCACGAUAGCGCCGGAACUUGACAUCCUCGAAAUAGGCGACCUCUCGAUGGACCGAUUUCGGGGCAUCUUUCGCCUCACGUAUGCAGGCGACGCGCACUUGGUGUUAUCGACGAAAGUACAGGCCAACCCACUCAGCGCAGCGCGUGGCUCACCAGCAAGCACCCCUGCCGGUGAUGAGAGUGUAGAUAAAGCAGGGUCGAUGGGGGGCGACUCUGCAGCGGCUGCCACGCCCGACCUCGAAGAGACGCCUUCGUCUCCAUUUGGCUACGGCCGCCAAGACGACUCGAUCUGGUUCGGCGCUGCGUCUCCCUCUUCGAAUCCCUUAACCGCAUCUCUCUUCCCCGCCGCUGCCAAUCGCCGUGGAGGCAUACUGUUCGCAGCUACACCGCUCAUCGUGCCGAUGAAGCUGCGUCUCUCCCACCUGCGCCUUCGCGCCAUUAUCGUCCUGAUCGUCAGCAAGGCCAAGGGCAUCACACUUGUCUUCAAGAAUGACCCACUGGAAAGUGUCAAUGUGUCUUCGACAUUCGAUUCGGUCGGCGUCAUCGCCAAGUACCUUCAACAAGAGAUCGAAGGCCAGCUAAGGGAGAUGUUCAGGGAGGAUCUGCCGAGCAUUAUUCAUCGGCUCAGUCAGAAAUGGCUGCUUGCUGGCUCCAUGACAUCUGCUGCUGCUGGUGAUGCCGGAGGCGGGCUAUCCCCUGCUGCCAAGGCGGAUGGGGCUUCGCAAAAGGAAAAGGAACAGCCGCCAGCACGUUCUGCUUCCGAUACUGCUCUCAAGCUUCAGGAGCCGCUGCGAAAGCCUCUGUCGCGUGCUCAGUCCGCAUCGGCAUCUGCGCAUCCAAAGGGUGGGAAGGCAGCUUCAAAUGCAGGACCAUCGCAGUGUAGGGGGCCGACAGGUAGCAUGGGAAGAGCACAGACGGCGGCUUCGACAUCAGGGAUAGAGAAAGGGCACAGAGGCAAGGCUGCUUCUGUCUCUGGAACAUCCGUGCUCAGCCAAGCACGUAAGCGCGAUAUGGGUGGCAAGUCUUCCUCUCAAGCCUCCAUGAGCUCAAUUCUGGGCUCAAGCUCGACGCUUGGAGGCUUGUCCUCUUCAUCCAGCACAGCGCGCACGACCCCAUCGCCUGGCCCAGCUCCAGGAUCCCAGGCAGUUGGAAAGUCGCCUUCGUCCCCCUUCACUUCAUCUUACCUUGCUUCAAUGCUGGGCGACUACGACGGCAGCGAGCAGGACUUGUACGAUCCCACCUACGGCUUCAAAGCGGAUGAUCCACUCACUCCUGCACCAGGUGCUGGGGGUGGCCCACCAGGGUUCAGCGGGCUUGGGAGUCUAGUGAAAUCCAAAAAGCCAGGUAUGGGAUUGAAAGAGCUUGUUCCGCUGUCUCCGCCAUCUUCACAGACUGCGACCCUGACCGAAGGCCAUGCGCACUGCGAAGCUAUGGGCGUCAUGGAUGGCGAUGCUGAAAGCGUCGAUCCGAUCGAAAGUGACUUUGAAGGCGCGGAAGAGGACGCGCUCAAUUUCUACUUUCCUAGUGUCGAUCGUGACAAUAGCGAGCAAGACGAUGAAAUUGAUCAUCUCGACAGGCUUAGGGAGGGCCGCGACGAAGAGGAAGAGGAUGAAAGUAGCGAUGAUGAUAACGAAGAAGAGACAGAUGACAGCGAGGCAGCGGAUGAAAGCCAGCGCAAUGCAAGGGCUGACUAUGGGGAUGAUGUUGAAGACGACCCAAACCCCGGCGACUUUUCGCGCUUUGGCUAUCCACCGCCUACGGCUGCGUAUUCUGAAACAGGCGUAGGUGAUGACGGUCUUGCAGCUGCAUUUGGCAGCAACUCCCCUCGGCAAGACAGCGCGCAUCGUCACCACAAGAGGACGAGCAGUAAAGGUGCUCGCUCCACUUCUUCGCGUGGACCAUCGCGGUCACUCGCGGCUGCUGACGGGCGCAGCAACCGGUCAACCCCACUGCAGUCACCGGAAGUUGAGUACGAGACGGUCCCUGCGGUCGGCGGCGGUGUAAUCACGCGCCCACGAACGUUUCACUUCGUCAGCUAUGCACAGGCGCCGGAGCUCUCGCCUGAUGAGAUGGAUGGCAGCUUUUGCGCCGACUCUUUGAACCGAAUGGGUGACGAUACUGUUCGCGGCCUCGGCAGUGGCCGUGCAUCAUCAACACAUGCCGCAAGCAGCACAUUUGGAGGAAAGAGCAGUAGAACAGCUACCAUAAUGGGCCUAGACUCUCCAAGGCAAGGGUAUGGGAGGCGCAGGGCUCCAACGGAAUGUGCUUCCUCGCCUAAGCGAGACCGGUGGACCAAUUGGGUCAAGGAGGAAAGUGAUGAUGAAGAGGAUCAAGGUUCUCAGAUCGAAGGGCAUACUCUCCGUGAUUCGCGUCGCUGCGCUUCGCAUGCGAGCGAGCUAAGCGCCGACGAGAAGCGCUCACUGGACUCUCUCCCACCCGAGCCGGUCGAUACCUCGUCGUAUGAGUUCAGAACAAGAGAGUACCGACAACGAUAUGGCGUCGCAGUGGAACCACACUGGCAGCGCAGCAAAGCAGCAAGCCGGCCAGAGCUUACGCAACGCCAUUCGAACACAAAGCCGACUCCAUCUGGGCUGUUGCAGCCACUGCCUCUGCGCGACACGAACUCUGUACUGCCCUCUACGUCCAUGACGCUCGAUGCCUCGGCUCAUUUCACAGACCUUGUGUAUUCACAUCAGACGCUGAGCCCUUUCACCCGGCCGGUAGAGCAUUGCACUGUUCGCUCUGCGCCUCUGACGCCUGGCUUCGAGCCGACUAUGUCAGGGCACGCUUCGUCACGCACUAUCGCAGCGGCCGCUGGACUCCUGACACCUACCGGCGCAGCCGAUGCUCUCACGGGGGCUCAUUACGCAGUCGCUCCAUCGCAGCUUCACUCGCGCUUGCGCGCGGCCAUGGCUGAUUCAUCGACACCACCGCCCGGUGCUGCUGGCCUGAAGCACUUGAGCGCCCUACCCAAGGCUUAUGGUGAGCGAUGGUCGGCUCACAGCCAGGCCGUCCCAAUCGAAGCGAAGCAGGAGCAGCAGCCUAAGGGGCGCAGACGACGAACAUUCAAAUUGGGAAGGGGGAGCGGAGACACCACGCACCAAAACAAUGGGGACGAUGAAAGGGCAGCCGCCUCGACAUCCUCUCGACUGACGAAACGGGCAGACUCGUUGCCAGUCUCGGCUCCCGCUUCUCAUACCAACUCGUCUCGCUCGAGCAGCCAGAGCCCGAAAGAAUCGCUUCUCGGCUCUGCUCGGUAUCGACGUGGUACCACUGUCGGCUACAGCACGCACGGGCAUGCUUCUUCCCACCAUCACCAUUUCGCCAGCAACGCCACGACCAGAGUCAGCGCGGGGCGCUGGGAUGCGAUUCGAGAAUAAGAGAGAAAAUACCCCAUUUGGUUCGAAACAAUUGCAUUUUGCAUUGAUUGAAGGACCACAUGCUACGACUAUUUUGUUGUAUUGCUAAAACAGAAAGGCAAAAGCGCCCACUGUAGCGAGCAGCGGUCGCCGACAGACCCUACGCAAAUUCAUCAC